AUGCAAUUCGCGCGUGUCAACCAGCCUUAUCCGACCGAGUUCACUGUCGCUGCUCCAUCAAUGCCCAAAAUGCCGAGGGAGACUAGCCUCGCCGGCUAUCCACGGCUGCCGUUGACCAACAAGCGCCGCAGAAAAGCUUCCUGGGGCUACAAGCGGGACCCAGUCCAGCCCAUUCUGUGGCCUCCAAGUCUGUAG